AUGGGGCGCUCGCAGAGAAAUGCUCCAACCGACGAGCAGUCACGGCUCGAGGGCACCCAAGAUGUCACAGUGGAAGCCGACGCAUCCCAGGAUGGAAAGAAGAAGAAGAAGAACAAGAAGCGUAGCGCCGGAGCGAAGAAACGUGGCACUGGAUUUGAGGAAUUCUACUGCGAUCCGCCCAUGACUCCGGCCGAGUACAACGAAGAAAGGGAUGUCAUUUACCCACCGCAUCGCCCUUUCGUUGAUCGCAUUGAGGAGUGCAUCCAGCGGUACCGUGCCCGCCGCCGGCUCAACUCAGACCGCGAGUAUCUCUUCUCCAGAUACCUCCUCCUGGGAGGCAUUGACGCCUCUGUUCGACAGUUUCAAAGCACCCGUACCAUCGGAGACGAUAUUCUUGAGGAUGCUACCAAAAACUCCAUUCGCGAAAUGACCGCCGACGAUGUGAUUCAGCGCGGCGGGGACGGAAACCGAAACCCACGGUUUUACAACCCGAACUAUCCGGAACACUGGGACGUCGACUUCACGGGCGUUGCCGCUGGUUUUGUAUCUGAACACCUUCCCGCCCUGACUGGCCCUGAAACCGACCAGUUCUUCAUGGGUGUCGACGUGGUCCUCAAUUUUCUCAAGUACGUCGAUCUCCACGACGUGUGCCCCGAGUAUGCCGACGACAUCAAGAAUGCGCAAAGGGUGUGCUUAAGGGCGCUGGAAGAAAUCCCGGCCACGACAAAACUGCUACAACUACUUCCCGGUCAGUUCAAUGCCGCACUCAGGGUGCUGUAUGUCAGCCAAGAUGACGGCUCCUCAGGCGUUGAUAACUACUUUGAGAAGGCAUUGCCAGAUCCAAAGCAGGCUAAAGUGAGCCACGCAGCUACGAUCUCGAUUCUGAUGGGAGCCGACCGGUUUCCAACCAACAGCGAAUGGUUCGUCACCGACACGGCCGAAUUCACCUUCGAGGUCCUCGCCAUCAAGCUCCCAACAGAUGCCAUUCGGGCAAAGUACAAGGCCAUUAACCAACAUCUCACCGGCUAUUCUGAUAUCCAGCCUUGCGGCACUAUUAUCGCCCGCCCAGUGAUUGUGCGUGACGGCUGGGACAACACGAUGGCGGCGACCAUCCCUCCGGAGGCUGACAAAGAAAGCGAAUUUAUCCUUGAAGAGGACAUCCUCCGCCUGCUGGUGGUGGGUAUGAAGUUGACCAUUGGAGUUUGCACGCUGAACGUUGGGCUCAAGUUCAUCAAAUACGUGACCCAGGUCCGGCCGAGCUUUUACGUCUUUUUACCCCAAGAACUGAUGUUCCACUUCAAGGAACCUGUUCCAAAUGACCGUCCGGCGAAGAGCAUAUACGACUGCGAGGACGAGGCCGACGGCGACGCUCCAGCUGGAGGUUACAACGACGGGGGAGAUGUAGAGAGCUGA